UGCUUUUCCACCGGUAUCAACAUUCUAUCUGGAAUCAGUAGCGAUAAUUGUUGUAUUGUGAGCCAGCCCCGUAAGACACUACGCACCUCCAAAUUCUAUAUGAUUUUUCCAAUCAUUUCAUUUAUACGACCUGCAAAUAAGAUAAGAUCUUGGCUCGCCCUACAAAAAAACAACUAUAUGCCCUAUAAACUUGCUUGCUUCUUCGAAUCUCGAAAUAACAUAUAGAAAGUGUUUCUGUGAUGAGACCAUUCUCGAUCGAUAAAUGCGAUAGGAGCCUAUGUGUUUCACGGGCAGCCGGCCAAUAGGGGAAGGUUGUGAAUCCGGCGAACCGACCGCUUUAAGAACGUGAUUGUCUUCUCUCACUCAGUUAUCAAUUGACAAAGAUGACCCAUUCUUUUUCGCCCUAAAAACGACAAUGGUAUGGUACUUUUUCUUCCAAUCGAGAUUGUGUGGGUGUCCGCUCAUGUUCACGUUACAUGCUAAAUAAGGCUUUCGUUGGAAAAACCAACGCCGACGUCAAGAUCAGUCUCCUUUCCUUUCUCUUUUCGGGAGCAGAGCUGAAAAAGAUGGGAAAUUCCAAUGAUUCUUCGUUCAUUAUCAUGUCGAUUCCUCACAAUCGCUCUUUGUGAUGCUGCGGAACCAUGGCAAUUAGGAUCUCAAGACGCAGCAACACCUAUGAUGCAAGGAAUCAUUGACUUACAUCACGAUAUCUUUUUCUUCCUCAUUCUUAUUUUGGUUUUCGUAUCACGGAUGUUGGUUUGCGCUUUAUGGCAUUUCAACGAGCAAACUAAUCCAAUCCCACAAAGGAUUGUUCAUGGAACUACUAUCGAAAUUAUUCGGACCAUAUUUCCAAGUGUCAUUCUUUUGUUCAUUGCUAUACCAUCAUUUGCUCUGUUAUACUCAAUGGACGAGGUAUUAGUAGAUCCAACCAUUACUAUCAAAGCUAUUGGACAUCAAUGGUAUCGACCUUAUGAGUAUUCGGACUAUAACAGUUCUGAUGAACAGUCACUCACUUUUGACAGUUAUACGAUUCCAGAAGAUGAUCCAGAAUUGGGUCAAUCACUUUUAUUAGAAGUUGACAAUAGAUUGGUUGUACCAGCCAAAACUCAUCUAUGUAUGAUUGUAACACCCACUGAUGUACCUCAUAGUUGGGCUGUACCUUCCUCAGGUGUCAAAUGUGAUGUUGUACCUGAUUGUUCAAAUCUUACCUCCAUCUCAGUACAACGAGAAGGAUUUUACUAUGGUCAGUGCAGUGAGAUUCGUGGAACUAAUCAUGCCUUUACGCCUAUCGUCGUAGAAGCAGUGACUUUGAAAGAUUAUGCGGAUUGGGUAUCUAAUCAUUAAUCCUCCAAACCAACU